AUGACCACCGGAGCAUACGGAGGAGGCAGAACAAUGAGGCGGCUCAACGACGAUAUCAUGGCCAACAUCCUGGCGAGGCUCCCGGCCGUAUCAUUUGCAGCCGCAGCUUGCGUCAACAAAACUUGGAAUCGUCUUUCCUCCCAAAUUCUUUCUCGUCCCAAGCUCGCUUCGGCUCUCUCCCUCAAUCCCUCCCUCAUUCAUGCUGUGAGGGAGGUUCUUGACAAUGUUCUGAGCAAGCCAAUUCGUCCCCACUUUGCCAUCGCUUUCAUCAGUGAAAAAUAUGGCUUGAGAUUGGCUCACAUGCUUAUUAAUGACAGAUUGAAAAACAGAGUUCCUUUGGUUGUUCACAUCAGCCAUGGGGUGAUGGGCAAGGAUGUUCUCUCAGAUGAACUUCGAGAAGUGAAAUGGGAGUACUUCGAUUAUAGUGGCGAUCAUCCUCGAGAGUGCAACGUAUAUGGCAAUAUAAAUAAAGGGGUUGUUCUGGUUCUGGGAUUUGUCCCCGGACUCAAAGUUGAUGCUAUACCCUUAUUUCGUCCACGCCAGGAUCCUGGUGGCGAGCAGGCAGACAGAUUUUUAGCAGAUAUUAAGGCUUUCACAGCCGCAGCUUCUGGCCAUGAAUCUCCAGCUGCCAUCAUGAUGUUUGGAGAUCGUAGGAGUAACAUGAAUUCUGUUGUUGCAAAAAUGGAUCAUGCUCUGCCAAAGGAGACAGUCAUGAUUGGAGAUGCAGGCGGCUGCUUUUUGUUCAACAGUAUGAAUCACACAAUAACUACUCCGAAUUCCUAUGUAUUGGACGCUGUUGCGCUGGUGUUUGCUGAGGACAAAGACAAGUCUCCUGACGUGGGGGAAACAGAGUUCAAUGUGGUCUUGGCGGAGGGUUUGGUGCCAUUUGGUCCACCAUUCGAGGUGAUUGUCGUGGGAAUGAAUCCAUCUCAAGAAUGGACCGUUUUCUCUGCUAGAAUGGAAGGAUGUGAUGUCAUUUUGAGCAGCGACGCAGUUUUUGAGACAGUUCUUGACACUGUGAGUGAUCCCAACUUUGAAUUGUACAUUGGCGUCACUCAAAGAAGAGGGGAAGAAGAAUCCUUAUUCUUCUAUCGGGUUUUAUCGGGAGAAGGAAUCCACUUUGUGGUUGAUGGGAUAGGCUUAAAACCUGGAGAUUCCUUUGUGUUCUACCACACAGACAAGGACGGUGCAGUUACGAGCAGAGACAUAGCCUGCGAGAAUCUGGAGACGUUGAAGGAGAUUGGUGAUGAGAAUGAGAGUGACGUGUUUGGGGGAUUAAUAUUCGCGAGCAAGUUUCGUGGGAAGGCGUACUUUGGAGAAGAGAACGGUGAUGUGAUGCCAUUGAGUGAGAACUUCCCAGGAGUUGCAAUAGCGGGAUCAUUCUGCGACGGAGAAAUAGGACGAGGUUGGUGUAGCUUCGUUACAGAAACAGAAGCUGAAGAAGAAGAAGAUGAGGAAACCAGUGGUCGUUGCUCUCUUCGUGCCUUUUCUGCUCUUUACUUGGCCAUGUCUUAUGUUACUGCUUCCGCAGCAAUCCAUCGCUGA